AUGCCGAAGAAUAAGGGAAAGGGAGGUAAAAACAGGAGGAGAGGAAAGAAUGAAAAUGAAACAGAGAAAAGAGAGUUGGUAUUCAAAGAAGACGGACAAGAAUAUGCUCAAGUGACAAAAAUGCUUGGAAACGGUCGACUCGAAGCUAUGUGCUUUGAUGGAGUCAAACGACUGUGUCAUAUUCGAGGAAAACUACGUAAAAAAGUCUGGAUCAACCAGGGUGAUAUUAUAUUGAUUGGACUCAGGGAUUACCAAGAUGCUAAGGCUGAUGUUAUCUUGAAAUAUACCGCAGACGAAGCUAGGAAUCUCAAGACCUAUGGAGAAUUCCCAGAAACUGUUCGUAUUAACGACACCGUCACGUUCGUGGAAGAUGGAUUUGAUGAAGAUAUUGAGUUCGGUGAUGAAGUUAGUAGUUCAGAUGAAGAUGACGUAGAAAAUGUAAGAUAUUAUUGA